AUGGCUGUAAAUGAAUACUGCAAUUUAGUUUUACAGUGUGUCACCUGUCCAUUAUUAAUGGAACAAAUAACCGCUAGAGUUAUUGACUAUUAUGAGAAACGUAUGAAGGAGAACACAUCCACUACUACUGGUACAGUUUGUGGUGGUAGCGGUCCCAGUGUUGGUAACAGUUGUGUCAGUAAUGCUCCUAUUAAAAAUCCAUCAUUUGACCGACAGAACUAUUUUGGUAUUCAGUCAUCCAACGAAGUUAUUUCUGAGACUGCUGAUAAAAAUAUUAACUUUUGUCCAAAUACAUCUCGAAAUUUUGCCGAUCAUUCACAUAUGCCCAAUCAGUUGUGGACAACACUGCCGUCUAUGACUACAUCCAACUGGCCAAUAAAUACAAAUGUUCAGAAUCCACAGGAUUUUAUUCCAAUUAUGCCUGUACCUUAUUCUCAUUCAGAUCCAAACAACAUGGCUUCCUCAUUUAAUUACCACUCAUUCUUACCACCUUCGAUUCACCCGUCAAAUAUACCGUGGUCACAUUCUACUGGACCUAUGAAUUACCCUGUAUUACAACAAAUUUUAUAUUCAAAUCAGUUACAAGAAAAUAUCUGUCAAUUUCAACAAAUGAAUUUAAAUUCUGAACUAAAUAUAAAUUCUAAUUCUUAUAUCAAUUCUAACAAACCAAAUAAUUUAGGGCAUCCAUUAAAUCGGCCACCUUAUCAAACGCCAAUACAAUGGCAAAUGAAUGCACAACCAUACAUUCGUCCUUUCCUUCAAAAUUAUGCAUACACAAAUUCAGUUACACCACCGGCUGCAACCACUUCAUCUCAUACUAAUUACACUCGGACUGAUGAACAAACAAAGCCGAAUGCAAAUGAAUUUACUGGUAGAGAUGUUGUAGAGAUGUUAAUCAACCAAACGCAUACUUUAUUUCAAAAGUACAUUGGUCAAAGACUUCAGUUUAUUGGACAAAGUCAAGCCGAAUGGGAUGAAUUCGUUGAUCUUGUUUUAAAAGCAUAUAAUGUUCAUUUAAGUAUGCCGGCUAUUGAUUGUGGACUACAUUGGAAUAAUUUACUCACUCGUAUUCGUCGUCAUCAAAAGUGUAGUCCAGCUUUAUGGCAGCGUAUACUUGCUGGUAUACAAACAGCUGAUUUGAAGAGAACGGCAUAG